AUGUCUCUCUGCAUAAAUAGACUCACUGAGGAACGCAAGCAAUGGCGGCGGGACCACCCAUUCGGGUUUUAUGCGAAGCCAUACCGGACGCCGCAAGGCGCACUUGAUCUGAAACGAUGGGAAUGCGGUGUGCCCGGCAAACCAAAGACACUCUGGGACGGAGGCCUUUUCAAGCUUGACUUUAUCUUUCCUGACGCUCAAACUGACGGAGGUAUCCUUUGCGCAGAGUACCCUACAAAACCACCGAAAUGCAAAUUCGUGCCGCCACUUUUCCAUCCCAACGUCUACCCAUCAGGAACAGUGUGCCUGUCUAUCCUCGCUGAGGACGACGGAUGGAAGCCUGCGAUCACGAUCAAGCAAAUUCUUCUGGGUAUCCAAGAUUUACUGGACGACCCCAACCCAGAGUCUCCAGCCCAGGCUGAGGCCUACAACCUGUUCAAAAAGGACCGUCCUGCCUACGAGAAGAAAGUACGGCAGGUGGUAAAGGAGCACCCUGCUGUUUAG